CAGCGUGAGCUGUGGUUAUCCGCCUGAACAUUGUGUUACUACAACUAACUAACUAACAAACAUGUAGACACCCAUAAAACAGACUGAACAGAUUAAUUAAUGAAACAGAAUCGUUGUAGUGUGGUGCUCUGAGCGACAUGGCAGAUACAGCUGUUUCUACAAUGUUUUAUUUUUGAUCAGGCGGAAUAGCUGCCCCUCUCUAAAUGACGUGUUUGUGAGGGUCCUCGCGGGUUUUAACGGUUUUCGCGCCACCACAGAACAGAGCAGCGCCGAGUAACUAUCCUGCUUCGUAUUAAAUACUUUUGAGGAAUUAUUUUAGUGAAUAUGCUCACACGUUGUGUUCGCUAUAAGUUGUAGAAAGAUGUUGAUAUAAUCGGUGUCAGCUUAAUUUUACACGUUAUAUUGAACACUUAGACUGUCUACUUAAGUUGUUUAAUCCUUGGCUAGCUACCUACCUACCUAAUACUCAUACUAACUAACUAACUAACUAAUACUCAUACUAACUAACUAACUAAUACUCCUACUAAAUAACCAAUACUCCUACUAACUAAUAUUCCUAUCUACCUAACUAGCUCUCCUACUAACUAACUAAUUCUCCUAGCUACCUAAUACUCCUGCCUAACUAACUAAUACUCCUAUCACCUAACUAGCUUUCCUACUAUCUAAUACCUCUAUCUACCUAACUAAUACUCCUGCCUACCCAAUACUCCUACUAACUAACACUCAUAUCUACCUAACUAGCUCUCCUAAUAACUAGCUAACUCUCCUACUAUCUAACUCUUCUGAUAACUUACUAAUACUCAUACUACCUAACUAAUAAUCCUAUCUACCUAACUAACUCUCCUGCCUAACUAACUAAUACUCCUACUAACUAAGUCGUCCACUGAUUUAAAGAAGCACCGCAGUUCUUGAUUUACUGGAGGAGAAGGCUGGUGUGAUGACGGCCGAGGACGAAAACCUGGACAUGCUGCUCUCCUUAUUUGAGGAGAGUCAGGAUCAGGAUCCAGGGAAUUCCUCUUCCAGAGAAGCAGAAGAUAACCUGGAUGGUCUGUUUGAUGAUGAUGAUGAUGAUGAUGAAGAUGGUGAAGGUUAUGCGGAGCCGGAGGAGGACGAGGACGAGGACGAGGAUGCGCCGUUGGAGAACUCGGGCACGGGAGCAGAAAGUGAGCACAGCAGAUCCAGACAGGACCUGGAAGCUGAGCUGAGGAACAUGCAAGAGAAGAUGCAAAAGCUACAGCAGCAGCUGGAGGCAUCACAAAAGUGUGCGGAUGUCUCCCGGUCCAAACAUACAGAAGACAACACUUCCUCACAAAGGCAGACAAGCACCAAGAGUUCACCAGCAACCCAGCAGAGCAGCAGGACUCUGACUUCACCUCAGCAGAGCAGCAGGACUCUGACUUCACCUCAGCAGAGCAGCAGGACUCUGACUUCACCUCAGCAGAGCAGCAGGACUCUGACUUCACCUCAGCAGAGCAGCAGACCAAUCAAAGCAAAUCAGAGCAGCAAGACACCCCAGAGAGCAUCUACAGUGUUUUCCUCCCCCCAGUUCUCAGCAACAGAGCUGACUGAGAAAGUGCAGAACAAGCAGAGGACUGCACACCAACCCAAAGCAGCCUCCCCAGAAAACCGGAAUGUUUUGGGUAAGAGUGUGAAUGACAAGUUGUCACAGCCAAUGAGAAGUAGCAGUACAGUCAACAACACAAUGAAGUCACCACCAGCAAGCAAAAGUGCUGAUGUGGCCCUUCCCAUUGCAAGACAGGCCACACCCCGACCAUCUGUCACUCAGGAUGUUACGGUGGAGAAAUUCUCAGGUCUCAGGCUUAGGAGACCUCGGCUGUCCUCAGUAGAAAUCGAACACAAAAUGGCUAACCGCAGAAUGAUCCGGCUUUCACAGCUGCCCGAUCGACUGGCUCGGGAAAAUCUAGAGGACAGUGACUGGGUCACCUUUGCCGUGCUGAUAAAUAAAAUCACCCCACAAAGCAAGAAUAAUGGGAAAACCUUCAGUAUCUGGAAGCUGAAUGACCUUCAUAACCUAGAUGUGAAUGUGUCGCUCUUCCUCUUUGGGACUGUUCACGCAGACUUGUGGAAGACUGACACUGGGACAGUGAUUGGUAUACUCAACCCCAAUCAAAUGAAGAACAAAGAUGGCUCCAGUGAGCUUUGCCUCACAGUUGACCAUCCACAGAAGGUUCUGAUGUUGGGAGAAGCCAUGGAUUUUGGUACUUGCAAGGCCAAAAAGAAAAACGGAGAUUCCUGCACACAGCUAGUCAACUUGUAUGAAUGCCAGUACUGCCAAUACCACGUUAAAGCACAAUACAAGAAAAUGAGCUCAAAGAGGGCUGAGCUUCAGUCCAGUUACACAGGCACUGCCCCUCGUAAAGGAAAAGGCCGUGGAAGUUUAAGAGAACGCCUGUGCCAGAGUGACUUCCACUACGGGGGGCUGUCGUCACUUGCGUGUGCGCCGUCAAUGACUGCCCCACAGCCUAAGAAACAGCCCUCAAUUCAGGCAGUUUUGGCUUCCAUCCCUAAUAAGAAUCUCGCCAUUAGUUCAGGUGAGGUGAUGGGAUGUUCUGAUGACUUCAGAAGCUUAAUGUCCAUGCCUACACCAGGAGCACUAAAUAUUAAGAAACACCUAGGACAAACUAAGACAAAAGAACUUCCCGGAUCGUCGGUUCAGUCCAUCUCUGCGGCUGAGCUCCUCAAGCAACAGAAAACACUUCACCAGCAAAGGUUUCAGGCCAGGCAGAAGAGGGCAGAGGCAAUUCAGAAGAGGGUUCUGCAAAACACAGGAGGUGCUGUGAUUCCAGAUAGACCUUCCAUAAACAGGGCAGUUCUGCCUUCACAGAAAGCAGCUUCAGAGGUUCCCAAAGGCUCCUCUCCACCUAAACCUGGCCUCUCCACCUCUCCUGUACCCACCUUAGGACGAGGCUACACAGAGGGAGACGAUAUUCUACUGGACAUGUCGCCUCCUCCAUGCUCAAAAAGCAUCUCGGCUGCAAAACUGGCUGCAGUCAAAAAGCUCCAAGCCAAAGGAGUGUCACUUGUUAAAAAUGACCCUAACGCUGUGAAACGCAAGCGACCCAACAGCAAUGACAUCACAGCCCGAGUGGAGCUCAGCCUAGCCUCAUCUGAAGGGGAGAAUAGAGCAGAGCAGGAGGCGGAAGAGCCAGCUCAGAAGAAGAGGCGUGAGCAGCUAGAUUAUAUCCAGUCUGAGGAGUUUCAGCGCAUUCUGAAUGCCAAGUCUACAAAUUCCUGGAUAAUAGGGGAGGUGGAGGAGAAGGCCAUGCAGGAUUACUUUGAGCCACUAGUACAGAAAGAGAAGUUGGAAGAGAAGAUGAAGAGCAUCAGGGAGAUGAAGUGUCGAGCAGUCACUUGUAAAACUUGUAAGUACACACACUUCAAACCAGCUGAGCGCUGUGUAGAGGAGAAGCACGAUUACCACUGGCAUGAUGCUGUCAAGCGUUUCUUCAAAUGCCCUUGUGGCCAGAGGAAGAUCAGCCUGAGCCGCUUCCCCACUCUAGCCUGCAGCAACUGUGGUGUGUUCAAGUGGGAGAGAGACGGCAUGUUAAAGGAAAAGAAUGGACCAAAAAUUGGAGGCGAGCUGCUGCUGCCACGUGGUGAAGAACACUCCAAGUUCCUCAAUAGUCUGAAAUAAAGCCAGCAGACUUCCUGCUAUCUGACUCCGUCCCCCAGCACUCCUCCUCUCACACACUGCUCAGGGAGUCUUUAUAUUACAGUGCACAAUGAUGAAACUGGAAGCCUCUUCAUUUUCCCUGAGCCAGGCCGAGACUGAAGUGCUGUUAAUUUACAGCUUUUCGUAUCAGCGCACAAAGUUUAAAUGCAGUACUAAUGUAAAUUGUUGCAACUGAUUUGCAGCAGCUCUAAUCUCAAGUUGGUUAGUGCCAACUGUUUGUCUUGGUCUUUUUGUGUGUGUGUCUGUGUAUGUCUGUGUCUGUGUGUUUUUGUGUUUUUGUGUGUGUGUGUGUGUGUGUGUGUGUGUGUGUGUGUGUGUGUUUGUGGGUUAUGUAUUUUAUAAUGUGAUGUAUAUUUUAAAGCAUUUUUCUAGUUUCACUUCUGAAUCAUGUGUGGCUGUGAUAUAGUGCUUAAAUUAAACUAGCUUGAGUACUCA